ACGCUCCGGCACUAGUGCAGGCGGCAAGCCGGCGGCUCUCGGCUCAGCUCCCUCAUUCUGGCCGCUGCGCUCGCGCCUCAUUGCUGCCGCCGCCGCCUCUGCAGUCGCAGCCGGGCAUGGACCCGCCCGGACGGGACCACGCCGCUGCCGCCUCCCGGAGCCGCGCUUCGGGUCCUGCCUGAGCCCAGCCGCUUGGGGCUGCCGCCGCCGCUGGCGGGGGAUGGGGCUGCCCCGGAGGCGCGCUGAUCCCGUAGGGGAAGCGCCGAGCCGGCGCGCAGCGUGAGAGCCCAGAGCAACCCGCGCCCGGCCGGUCCGUGCGCACGGUGCGCCGCCGCCGCCGCCGCCGCCGCCAGCCGCCCGCGCCUCGAUGGCGACAUCGCCCCGGCGCCGCUGACCGCCCCGCGCCGCCAGCCCAGCCCGCGUGGUCGCCCUCGGAGCCCGGCCGGCCGGGGUAGCGGCCUGCCGGGGAAGCCUCCCCGCGCCCUCCCACCCGGCCCCGCCAUGGCGCUGCGGAGCCUUCUGCUGCUGCUGCUGCUUUCGCUGGAGUCCCUGGACCUGCUGUCCGGCGUUCACGCCGCCCGCGGCCGCGCUGCCAACCGGACCCUGAGCGCCGGCGCCCCUGCCGUCGGGGGCCGGCGUCCCGGGGGCGCCCUAGCCCGGGGCGGCCGCGAGCUGAACGGCACCGCCCGGGCGCCUGGAGUCCCGGAGGCGGGGAGCCGGCGAGGACAACCCGGGGCGGCGGUAGCGGCGGCGGCGGCCAGCGCGACAGUCACCUACGAGACGUGCUGGGGCUACUACGACGUGAGCGGCCAGUACGACAAGGAGUUCGAGUGUAACAACAGCGAGAGCGGUUACCUGUACUGCUGCGGCACCUGCUAUUACCGCUUCUGCUGCAAAAAGCGCCACGAGAAGCUGGACCAGCGCCAGUGCACCAACUACCAGAGCCCCGUGUGGGUACAGACACCCAGCACCAAGGUGGUGUCGCCAGGGCCCGAAAACAAGUACGAUCCGGAGAAGGACAAGACCAACUUCACCGUCUACAUAACCUGCGGGGUGAUCGCCUUCGUCAUCGUGGCCGGCGUCUUCGCAAAGGUCUCCUACGACAAGGCCCACCGCCCUCCGCGGGAGAUGAACAUCCACAGGGCUCUGGCUGACAUCUUAAGACAACAGGGACCAAUCCCCAUAGCACACUGUGAAAGAGAAACUAUCUCGGCUAUUGAUACCUCUCCCAAAGAGAACACUCCGGUCAGAUCGUCCUCCAAAAACCACUACACUCCUGUGCGUACGGCCAAGCAAACCCCAGGGCAUUAUGGGAAGGAUGCUUACCGAAGUGGAGGACCCGAUCUCCAUAACUUCAUCUCAUCUGGAUUUGUCACAUUAGGAAGAGGACACACGAAGGGUGAUCAUCAGUAUAAUCAUCCGAUAUUAAGCAGUGCUACCCAGACCCCAACACAUGAGAAGCCACGGAUGAACAACAUCUUGACAUCAGCCACCGAGCCCUAUGACCUCUCCUUCUCCCGCUCUUUCCAAAACUUGGCUCACCUGCCCCCAUCCUAUGAGUCUGCAGUGAAGACCAAUCCGAGCAAGUACUCAUCUCUGAAGAGGCUAACUGACAAGGAAGCUGAUGAGUAUUACAUGAGGCGGAGGCACCUGCCCGACCUGGCUGCCCGGGGCACCCUCCCCCUCAAUGUCAUCCAGAUGUCACAGCAGAAGCCGUUGCCACGGGAACGACCCCGCAGGCCCAUCCGGGCCAUGUCCCAGGACAGGGUCCUGUCUCCAGAACGGCGCCUGCCGGAUGAGUUCAGUAUGCCCUAUGACCGCAUCCUGUCUGACGAGCAGCUGCUCUCCACCGAGCGCCUGCACUCCCAGGACCCGCUGCUGUCCCCAGAGCGGACGGCCUUCCCCGAGCAGUCGCUGUCGCGGGCCAUCUCGCACACGGACGUCUUUGUGUCCACGCCUGUGCUGGACCGUUACCGCAUGACCAAGAUGCACUCCCAUCCCAGUGCCUCCAAUAACUCCUACGCCACCCUGGGCCAGAGUCACUCCACGGCAGCCAAGCGCCACGCCUUUGCCUCACGUAGACACAACACGGUGGAGCAGCUGCACUACAUCCCCGGUCACCACACCUGCUACACCGCCAGCAAGACUGAAGUGACCGUGUGACUGGCAGGGCCCAGCUGGGGCCACCUGAUAGGCUGGGACCGGCAGGGCAGGGCAGGGCAGGGCAGAGGUCAGGAGCAGAGCUUCUAACCUUGUACUUCUCCCUUCCCUGGUCCCCUCAGUGGGAGGUGGGGGUGGGCACCUUUGUCUAGAAAGCCAUACCCCCACGGGACACAGCCCCUUGGCCUGGUCCAACGCUCAGACCCAGUAUCUGGAGCGACUGCUCUUACUCUCCCAGUAGAGUCCGCAGGGAGUGAGGAGAGAGGCGAGGCCCCAGUCUCACUCCCACACCUUCACCGGCUCCCCUCUGUCCCACGUCCCCUCCUCCCCACUUCUGAGGACUCAGUGGCAGGUUCUGUCAGCCAAACGACCCUCUCCUGACCCUGAUCUGAAGCUGCCUGGGUUGGAACUGGCCAGCGAGUGCAGUCAGUGGGCUGACUGAAUAGGCUACUCGGUCUCUUUCAUUUACCUAGAACCGCAUCACAGAAAUCUUCUAGUGCCUAAAAACUGCCUGCUCGCUCUCGGAGUCAGAGAGCUGCUGUGUUCAUAAGCACAAUAACGAUUCUCUUCUGCCUGCUGGAACUCUCUGGUCCCCACCAAGUGGCCCUUCCUUUGCUGACCUACCCUGGUCCUUCUUCCUUCUCUUCAACGCAGGGACAGGGAGGGUCCUGCCCUUCAGCAGCCUCCCUGCUGUUAGGAACCCUGUCCUGUUCCAGCUGGAUGCCCUGCCCUCCUCCUAUAGGGACCUUACUUUCCCUAGGCCUACUUGAUUCACCCUCAAGUUCUUUGGGGCUUUAGCUCUUGUCCCCCUACCCCGAGGGGAGUAGCAACGGGCUGCAGGGACUUCAGGAGUGCCCUCCCUGAUUAUCUCCACAUUUCUUCUAGGCCUCUAGGUCUGAACUAUGACCGCCACUCAGGCCUGCCUUCUCCACCCCUGUUUUGGUCCCAGGAGGCACCUUUGGUGGUCAGAGAGAGACAGGGUAGGGAGGGCCACUGUGAUGCCCAGGAUCUCAGGGCUCACCAUUCCUAUCUUCCAGGCCUUUGCUUCUCCUCUACCAUGAGUCUCAGGCAGGACAGAGGCAAAUGCUUCUAGAGAGGGGAUGCUCAGUGCCCCCAACAAGAAGGACAUCCCUGAGGUAGUUGUCCAACACCCUUCCCAUUCCUCUUUCCCAUUUUGGCCCAUUUGCUGGGCUCCUUCUGGGUUUAGAACUCACUCUCUCUCGGUCUUCCCUUCCUCCACUGCCCAUCUACCCUCCCUGUACCUGCAGCUCCAUUACUCUUUCCUGGCUGCUCUUUCCUCAGACCAGUGGCUCCAAGGGACACAGACCUGGAAAUGCAUUUAAACAGUGGUUCUCUGGGCUACUGAUCUGGGGGUAACUGGCCAACUCCCCACCACAUCAGUUCUUCCCUGGAGUGGGCAUCAGGCAGACCCAUGCCCACCCUCAUCUCUGUGAGGGGCCCCACUGCCAGCCCAUCUCAGCCCCUUUUCUGUCUUCAACCUACAGAGUGGACAGGGUUGACCACUCCUGGGGAACUAACAAUGAACAGAGCAGCGUCCACACCCCCACCCUUAGACCAAGGGGAGGGAGAUAGGGGCUCCUCCAUUCUCAGGGCCAGGGCAUCUUCCGCAGCUGGGGCUGGGGGAAAUCAGUGCCAGAAUGUUUGGUUAAAAAAAACAAGGCUGUCACCAGUCAGACUCCAGCAACUGCCCUUAACUGGAAUUUGACAUUCCCUCAGUUCUGCAUGGAUGGCCCUUUACAAAAGAGGGAAGCUUCCUCAAUAUCUACCCUGGGAAUGUUUAAUAUAAUCAAGUCCACAAACAACAGAGAAAUCAAUGGACUGCUUCCUCUUACAGAUUUCAAGAAUUACAAAGCUCUCUUCUCCUCUCCUCCCCAAGGCUCACUUCCCAGUGUGAACAGCAACACUUUGCAUUAAUCAUGAGGGGAUGGAGGUUUGGGGUUACAAAGAUGCAGCCCUCAGCUUCCCCACUGGGAAAGUGUCCCUGGGACUGUGGGGCCAGAAGGUCUGGGUCCACUUUGCUUUCUCCCCACAAACACAUAAACCUUCUUUAGGGCUGGUCCCCAUGGGUUUAUGAGUGUUUGUUCCAGAAAGUGAGGCUAAGAAGGCCAGGGGGAAAAAAAAGUAAGGCUAAGAAGGCUGGGAAACAAACGUAAUCAGUCUAAAUAGGGCAGUUGAUUGCUCUCAGAAUCAAAGACGUGACUCACAGCUAGGCCCCUAAGCCUUGAAAGCCAUUUGUUGGUGAAGAGGGAAAAGGACAGGAUGUGGGUAGGUGAGAAUCCCCUCCCCAGGUGUCUACACAUGCUCACACUAAACCAGAGAUCUGGUCGCAUCCCAUCUAGGCACCUUCUACACACCAAGUUCUCCAUCCCCCUGGGGGAUGCUUUUGCCCAUGCCUCCUCCCCCAGCCCUGUCUCUGACAAGGUGUCUGUCUCAGGGCUUAUUUGACAGGUUGAUCCCAAAACAUUUCUCAUUCCAGCCUUACCACUGUCUGGUUUAAAAUCUUCAGUGUCAGUUGAAUCAGAAAAUUCUACUGGAACACUUACGUCUUUUAGAGGAUUUUUUAUUUCACCCUUGAGUCUGGAAGGAGGGAGGGAGGAAAUGAAGAGGGAGGGAGAGAAAGCAAGAGAAAAUGGGAUAGAGAUAGGUUUACCUAGAGAUAACUCUACAAACUUGCUUCAAUUCUGUCCCCCAUUGCAAAAUCCAGAAAACUAUGUCUUCACCAGGACAUAGAGGUACAAUAGUCCCCCACUUAUUCAUAGUUUUGCAUUACCCUGUUUCAGUCAACCAUGGUCCUAAAAUAUUAAUAUUUGCCUUGACUCUUUCAAUAGAGAAAGACUGAAUUCACAUAACUUUUAGUACAAUAUAUUGCUAUAAUUGUCCUCUUAUUACUACUUAUUAUUGUUAAUCUCUCUCCGUGUCUGAUUUCUAAGUUAAACUUUAUCACACAUGUGCAUGUAUAAGAAAAAACAGUAUAUAUAGAGCUUGGUACCAUCUGUGGUUUCGGGCACCUGCUGGGGGGUUGGAGGAUAUCAAUAAGGGGGGACUGCUAUUAUCUAAUUAAUUCAGUUGUCCCAUCCAUCAUUAUGGAAUAAGCAAAGCCACAUCACCAGGUAAGUUCACAAGAGAGAGGUUUCUGGGGCUGGGACUUAGAUGUCACAACUUCCAGCCCCACUAGGUCAGUGGCCUCUGCCACCCACAAAAGAGUAACACCUCCUUCAUAAUAAAGUGCCCCUACCCCUAGUAAAGGAAGCCUAAAGCCCAAGAUUUCCCUCUGCUCAUUUUGUUCUUUCUUGCAUGUCUCCAUUGCUCUGAUAGAAAUGGACAGGAGUCUACACAGGUCUCUGCUGCCUUUGUGUUCCUCCUGAAGAUCUCAAUAUCCUUUGUGCCCUUCCACCUUUCCUGUCUUGCUUCCUCCUGCCUAGAAUUCCUUAACCUCCUAACUGGGCUUCUGCCCUUUGGUUUCCUCAGUUCUUGGCCAAUGGGUUUGCCUCUUAGAGAGAUCCAACCCUUUCCCCAGCUGAAACAUAUCCUCUAUCUCUAAGCUCACUCUUUUCUUACACUUGGUCUUGUAUGCCAGUUUUCUCCUUCUCAUUUCCCUCUUCCUCCAAUCCUAAUUUCUCUUCUCUGGUCGUGCUAGAGUCUUUAGUUUCAAGAAUUAGAACCUUGGGUGAAAACUAUGGAAGAAUCAGACAUUGUUCAGGUCCUCUGUUUGUCUUAUGGGUUUAUCCUUCAAUUCCUACACCUGAAGAUGAUAUCCCAGGGUGUGGAGCCAAAGAGCUUUCUUUCCCCUGCUGAUCUUUGGGAGGGAAAGGAAAGGGCUGCCAGGUUAGAGGUGUCAUGGCCAAAAGAUCAGUCUUUGCUCCUACAGCUGCAAGACCUGUGAAGUCCCUGUCCCAGCCUUCUACUAGCCCAGAGGCUCCAGCUCUGGCCAAAGAUUCAUACCCUUGGGGGCUCUUGGCAACUGCUCCUACUCACUUCUCCUUCCUGCUAGUUGCAUCACAGUCCCCCCUUUGUUCCAAAGGAUUUGAAGGACUCACAACUCUCCACACAUGGAGGAGUAUCCAUCCCAAAUCCCUGCCACCAAACUCAAUCCAUUUUCUUCAGAGAUACUUUGUCUGCCACCAGCCUUCCACCCUGAUUCCUUCUACAGCCAACUGUGGACUUGACCCAAGGUAACAGUUUGAAAGGGCUUCCAUCCCUUGGACCCUAGAAGGCAUCUGCUCUGAGAAGCAUGGACACAUUACCUCCCAUUCAUAUUCCUGUCAUUCUCUCCAAAUCUGGGAAACUUUGCUCUGGAAUAUUUUCAAGGAAGCAUGUUGUGUUUUAAUGAAGUACUUUUCAGGGUUCAAAUGUUAUUUUUUUUAUAAAUGCAGCAUUUUAAUGGCAGAUUCAAUGUGAAAGAAGUCUUCCUGGGCUCUGUAUUUUGGUUUUGGAAGACAGCAUACUUGGGGAGGAAAAAGCACAGGGCUGUGGCUCUGUAGACAUGGCUUCGGCCCUGGCUGCAUCUCCACCUUGCAGUGUGACCAACGGUGAGUCAUGUUCCUGCUCAGUGCCUCAGUUUCCCCCAUCUGUAAAACAAGGGGCUUUGACUAGAUGAGCCUCAAAGUUUCACCCAGCUCUUACAUUCUAGGGCUUUCAUUUCCAUCAGCAUCCCAUCUUCCAUCCCUUCUCCACAUCCUUCCCACCUCAAUUGAGUUGUACACAUCCCACUAUGUCUGCCCCUGGUGACAUUCUCAGAAGCCCUUAGACAGCCACCAGACUCUUCACCAAAGCCUGGGGUGGGCUUGAUGGGCUCAGCCACCCACAGAUACUCUCAGACCAGAAGAUGAAGGACCUGACCAUUCAAAAGGUCACCAACUGUAUAUCAUGGAAGCCUCUCAUGCAGACACACCUAAACCACCCAGGCAUCUAUGACACUGAGAAAUUCUGAGUCUGGAGUUUUCAUUUUUGAUGUGGUUCUUUAUAGCUGGAGGGAGACGGUUCCAAUUUCUGAGAGGGAAUGGACUGGAGGAGAAAAGUUCAGAGGUCGGCCCAUGAAUUUUGGGAAUAAAGUUUGUAUCUGAGGACAGCUGGGAAAUACAUUCCAAACCCCAGAGUUGCAUGCUUGGCAAAGACUCUGUGUGGCAAAGAAUGUUAUUAUAUAUCCAGAACAUGCAUCCUGAAGACCAAGUCUGGAUACUGAGGCUCCAUUCCAAGAGGAGAGGAGGAGGCACCGCCACCUGGGCUACUAGGAGGUGGGCACUCACCCCACCCUAGUAUCUUUCUAGCCCCUCCUGUGACACUACUGUCCUCCCCGUGAAGGCUUGUGAAGCAGGAAUGGAGAUUCCAAGUUGGUAUCAUCAAAACCAUCUUGUAAAUCGGCAAACACAUUAACCUUCCAUUGUUCAGAAAAAUGAUGCUGUAUGUUACCUUAAUACCCUCCCUGCUGAGGGAGAGGAAGAUCCUGCUCAACUGUGCUGCCCACCCUGCAGUGACCCUUGAAAGCCACUCCAUGGAAGGACCCAUUCAUUUGCUUUGUAGUGGCAAAUAUUCCUCUAGUUCUAUAACUCCACUGGACAUUUUGUAGUAAAGAGUUCUUGAAAUUCUCUAAUUAAAAAGCAAUUCUUACUGUAAUAUUUUUAGUUUGGGGACACAAUUUCCUAAGUGGGGGAUUAAUGAACAUUUUUACGCAUUAGCCCAAUUUAUGGAUUCUAUGUUUAUUAUAUGGUAGCAUUGAUGAACAGUACCUUUCUAUCUGUAUCUUUGCAGUUUCUUCAUUACUCAUAUGUAAGCUUCAUGGCAAGCAGUGCUCUUGUUACUGCUUCUGUACAAAUCUCAUCGUCCUACUUACCUGUCAAAGCACAUUCUAUAUGUACUGUAAACAAAUAUCACUUUAGUAAGAUUUAGUCUUAAGGAUUUUUCCACUUUUGUCAGUAACAGAUAUUUAUGGAUUAAAAAAAUAAAGCUGU